UCCUCACAGAGGAGCGAGGAGAAGGGGCGGGGACACCGGGAGGAGCGGGCUCUCCUACAGCCCAGUGAUAUGGAUUCAAAGACGGGGGAGAGCCGCUGUCCUCCUCCCCGUUCUGCCCGGCUCCGUUCAUUCUCCGCCAGCAGCAUUCCCAUGUGCUGAGCCCCUUUCUGUCAGGACACCAUAGACCGCGGUGGUGAGAGGAGGAGGAGGGAGAGGGAGGGAGCACACCGCGGCGGACCGCACAGACAAGGAAUAGCGGGCACCCUCCAACAUGUCAGACCGGGGGCAGAGUGUGGAGGAGUCAUCUGCAGCAAGCCCAGCAAUGCACCCGGCUCCGGGGAUGACGAGCUGAACGGGAGACGGAGGAGGAGAGCCCAGAGCCUGCAGGACAAGCAUAUGGAAAUUGGGGACUGGAAUGACAGAGUGGGACAAACCUGUUGAAUAGAUCAAAAGAUGGCUUAGGAAGAGGUGUUUGGAAUGAAGACAAAGGAGUAAGGUCACAAUUAGAUUUUCAGCUUUGCCCAUAUAAAGACAAGAGAAGUUAUUGGAGAUCAAGCCAUGAAAUCUAACCUAAAGCAAUGGAAACAACUCAUGCUAUUUGGAAUUUGUGCUUGGGGUUUACUCUUUCUGGUAAUAUUCAUCUACUUUACAGAUAGCAACUCUGUAGAACCAGUGCCAAGUUCCUUCUCUUACAUAGAAGCUAAGAAACUCCUACCUAUUCAAGGAAAACAGAGGGCUAUCAUGGGAGCACUACAGGAUGCAUCAUUAUCCUAUGCCAUUGGUGGCAAUCUAAAUGAUGAAGAAGUGUUAAACACCUUUAAGUCUGGCCCUGGUAGCAUUAAAACCAUAGCGGAUGUGGAAAAUUAUUUUGCAAGUGAGGAUGAGUUUAUCUUGUCAAAGAAAAAAGGCUUCAUCCAUAGAGAUUCCAAUCAGGCUCAAUCAUUCCGUUCAGUGUCUGGUGCAAGGUAUCAUCAAAAUGCACGCUCCAGGCAUAGAAAAGUCAGGAGGAAUGCACAUCGUAAGAAACAACUUAUGUUUGAAGAAUACGAUGAUUGGAAUGGAUUCUCGUCAACAAUGUCUAAAUCAUUUCUUCAGAAGCUGUGGAAAGGUAAUGUGUCAUCAAAGAUGCUGACUCCUCGCCUGCAAAAAGCAAGAAGGGAGUAUCUCAGAGCCAACAAGCUGGGCGUUAGCUUCUCAGGAAAACAGAACUCUAGGAAACUGAGUUCCCAGGAAAUUCUGUGUAUCCUGAAAAAACGAGCUCCUGUGAGAACUUUGGAUGGUAAAGAAGCUCCUUUCUCAAACUUAGGAUGGGAAAAGUAUUUUCCUCAGGUACCCUUGAGCAAACUAUAUCCGCAUGGCUUCUCUACUUGUGCAGUGGUAUCAUCUGCUGGAGCAAUACUGAACUCUUCACUGGGAGCUGAAAUCGAUGCCCAUGAUGCAGUGUUGCGAUUUAAUUCUGCGCCAACACACAACUAUGAAAAAGAUGUUGGAAAUAAGACCACCUUGCGCAUUAUAAAUUCUCAGAUCCUUACCAACCCAAAUCAUCAUUUUACAGACAGCUCAUUAUAUAAAGAGGUUACCUUAGUUGCAUGGGAUCCUUCUCCAUAUUACGCUGAUCUUCAUAUGUGGUACCACAAACCAGACUACAAUCUUUUCCCGCCUUAUGAGCAACAUCGGGAAAAAAAUCCUGACCAGCCAUUUUAUAUUCUUCACCCAAAGUUCACAUGGGAACUGUGGAAAAUCAUCCAAGAGAACAGUGAGGAGAAGAUACAACCGAACCCUCCAUCAUCUGGUUUCAUUGGUAUCCUCAUUAUGAUGUCCUUAUGCAGGGAAGUCCAUGUGUAUGAGUACAUCCCUUCUUAUAGACAGACUGACCUCUGCCAUUACCAUGAACAAUAUUAUGACGCAGCAUGUACCUUAGGGGCAUACCAUCCCCUUCUCUAUGAAAAAAUGCUUAUUCAGAGGAUUAAUCAAGGAUCAGAAGAGAAUCUUCUCCGAAAAGGGAAAGUCACAUUGCCUGGAUUUAGCUCUUUACACUGCCCUGUCAAUGAUCAUAUUACAUAAGGAAUGAUCUCUUUGUGUUGGAAAUAAUGUGCAAUAAUCUGUUACUGUUGUUAUGUUAGCAACAAUACUUGAAGAAGUCAUCUCGUAGACCCUUGCAAGGCACAGGUCUCUAAACAUUAACUGACUAGUGGACAUAGAACUGUCUAAGCCAUUAAGUAUUUAUUUCUGUUUUGUCAGAACAAGGUAAGCUCUGUAACAAGUGGAGAAACUUUGCGAAUGUGCUAGUUAGAGAAAAAAAAAUUAAUAUUGUACUAUGGACAUGAAGGAGCUGCUCUUAUUGAUCCAUAUUGUGCCAUACGUUACCAUGUUAUUAAGAAGCUGUCGGUUUCUUUUGUACUUAUAAAUACAUCAAAACCUCUUCCAGAAUGUGUGACCUUGAUGUUCUGGACGUGAAAUACCCUUAUUGAUUCAAUGUCUAUAUAGCCCAUAAUUAAAUGCAGCCUUUUUUUUUUUUUUUAUGCACAACAUGGCUAAUCUGGAGGACAUACAUGGAGACAUAUUUUCUGUUAUUUUGACCAAUUGUGCAACACUGUACUAUAUCUAACAGAGCAUCACAUGUACUCUGGGGUGCUAUAGGAAAGGAAGUGUGUCAGAAAUAAUACAGAAUAAUAAAUGUCAUUAUGGUAAUAGUCAUGGAUAGGGAGUUCAUGGGAACCUAUUUGAAACAAUCUUUUUUUCUAUUUAUGUGCUUAUACUGCAUUGUACUGAUCUGCACUAGAUAAUAUGUUACCUGAGACUAGAGUGUUUGCUUCCUUCCACACUAUUAGCUAGACUUGUUGUCUUAAACCUGUUGGUGAUGGACUUCUAAUAAUGAUUUUUAUUAUUCUACUUUGUUCCCAAAUACUUCUACUACUGGUUGCAGCAUAGGUAAUAGAACAUAAGUACUGUAAAUGGCAAGCAAGCAGAUGCUAUGUGAACAUUGAUUUUUGUCUCUUAAGAAAGCGACCCAUCCGUUAACAGUCUGCAAAGAAUGAUUUUACAUUUUGUCUACCCUCUUUAAGCUAGAGUCAUUUAGCUAUGAAUCAAUUGAACAUACCCUGCAUUGAUGUAUACAACAUGGUUAGCAAAGUGAUGACAGAAUGGGGGACAUUUGUCAAUUCUGUCACACAGAAAAACAAUGCUACACAGGAUCAGUGAAGCAUUUUAUGGGACAGAUUUACUAUCCGGCUACAUUCACACAGGUGAUUUAGGCCGUCACGAAUUGUAAUGGCAGGAAUCGUCGGAGAUUUCUGCUGCGGUUCUGAGCGGCUAGGUGUGGACACCGGCCACAUUCACUAUAAUGACAGGUCACAGGCAACCACUGCUAUUUGAGACUCUCUGCACAGCCAUAUUAAGUUCUUGAGGGAUGACGGCAACUACAUGUUUUGACUUAUGAGUUGACCAGAAUUUCAGCCAACGAUUGAUUACCUGCAGUGAUCAUUGCUGGAUGCAUUUUGUGUGCAUUCAACAGCAAUCACUGUUGAUUAUCGCUGUCUGUGCAGACGGCAGCAAAAAGCUGCGGUCGCCAGCAACCUGUCAUUAUAGUGGAAGGGGGUGACAACCACACCUAGCCGCUCAGAGCCGCAGCAGAAACCUUUUAUUCCUGACGCUACAAUUGGCAUCAACGUAGCCUAAGAGUUCAGCUUCAUUCAAAAACGUUUUCUACUCCGAAGUAUCACUGUGACAAAAAAAAAAAAUCUGCCCAUGACCACUUCCUAAUGUGCAAC